CGUCAAUACGCUCAUCUUCAUCAUUGAAAUCGCGGAGAAUGGCUGGACCGUCGAGAGCCUCAAGGUGAACCCGCUUAUUGGCCCGAGCGCCCAAGUGCUUCUGUCGAUGGGUGCCCAGCGCACGGAUCUCAUCAAAGACGGCGCUUGGUGGCGCCUCUUCACGGCCAUGUUCCUCCAUGCUGGCGUUGUCCAUCUUCUCUUCAACAUGGCCGCGCUCUACCAGCUGGGCAUGGAACUCGAGUCGACCUUUGAUCGCCGGCGCAUCGCGACCAUCUACUUUGCCACCGGUAUCAUUGGCGCCAUCGUCUCGGGCUUUUUCGUGCCCGAUGUCGUUGGCGUCGGUGCGUCCGGUGCGAUCUUUGGCCUCUUUGGCGCUACGUUUGCCGAGUUUAUGCUCAACUGGAAGCUGUACACGAACCGCGUGUGCCACAUGACCAACUUGGUGGUCGUCGCCCUUGUGAACCUUGGCAUUGGGUUGCUUCCGUUUGUCAACAACUUUGCCCAUCUCUCGGGCUUCAUUAGCGGUCUGAGCCUGGGCUUUGCGAUGCUGAGCCUGCCGCUGAGUCGCCAAGACCGCAUCAUGGGGACGCGCUCGAAGAAGCAGCGGCUGCUCGGGUAUGGCGGCCUGCUCUUCACGGCGUUUUUUGCGAUCCUCUUCAUCGCUCUCUUUACAAGCAACACGAACGCCAUGACGGCGUGUCCGUGGUGCAAGUACCUCGACUGCAUUCCCGCGCCCUGGUGGAGCUGCGAUGCCACCACGAGUGGCGAGUGCUUGGGCGAAAAGUUCAACAAUGGCACGCUGCGGGUGACGUGCCCGAGCGGCCGCAACGUGACGGCGCCGACCAAGAGCGAGUUUACGGCCGCGCUCUGUACAUCGCUUUGUUCGUAA